AUGACUUCAAAACCAUCCACUAGUGACGGUAGGGCUCACUCGACUUCUCAUACAUCCGGCAUGGGUAUGAGGGGAACAUCGUCAUCACACAGUCCCAGACCGUUUAGACCAUGUGCGGACUGUACAUGUUCUCCAGGUUUGCUAUCCAGACAAGGCCGUAGGGCCUCUCUCUUCCUAAGGCAACUGGAAAAUUCAAGGAGGUCUUCCAGUAUGCUACUCACUGAACUUAAGGGUGCUAGUGGUAGUAAUACAGCUGGUAACGGAUCUGUUUAUUCAUGUGACUCACUAUGCGCUACUAAUAGAGAGGUCAACACGACUGACAGGCUAUUGAAGUUGCGUCAAGAGAUGAAGAAACAUGAUUUGUGUUGUUAUAUUGUGCCUAGUUGCGAUGAACACCAGUCCGAGUAUGUGUCGUUGCGAGAUCAAAGACGCGCCUUCAUUUCAGGGUUUUCUGGAUCAGCUGGUGUGGCUUGCAUCACUAGAGAUUUGUUAAAUUUCAACGAUGACCAUCCCGACGGAAAAUCCAUUUUGAGCACUGAUGGUAGGUACUUCAAUCAGGCCAGACAAGAACUGGACUACAACUGGACACUUUUAAGGCAGAAUGAGGAUCCAAUCACCUGGCAAGAAUGGUGUGUGAGGGAAGCGCUGGAAAUGGGCAAGGGACUCGGUAAUAAAGAGGGAAUGGUGUUAAAGAUAGGUAUUGACCCCAAACUUAUCACUUUUAACGAUUACAUUUCGUUCAAUAAAAUGAUUGACACUAAAUAUAACGCAAAGGGUAAAGUGAAACUUGUGUCCGUGGAGGAAAAUUUGAUUGAUAAUAUCUGGCCUGAUUUUGAAACUUUACCUGAGAGGCCCUGUAAUGAUCUAUUACUGCUGAAAUAUGAAUUUCAUGGUGAAGAGUUCAAAGACAAAAAGGAAAAGUUACUGUCGAAGCUAAAUAAUAAAUCUUCCUCUGCGGCAACCCCCGCCAAGACUUUUAUAGUCGUUGCAUUGGAUGAAAUUUGCUGGUUGUUAAACCUGCGUGGGUCCGACAUCGACUAUAAUCCUGUUUUUUUCGCCUACGUGGCCAUCAACGAAGACGUGACCAUUCUUUUCACGAAUAAUCCCUUCAAUGACGACAUAUCGGAAUAUUUUAAAACGAGCGGUAUUGAAGUCAGGCCUUAUGAUCAGAUAUGGCAGCAUUUAAAGAAAACCACCGCCGCGCAAGCCGCCUCUGCUGAGCACAAAUUUGUGGUUCCUGAUGGAGCAUCGUGGCAAAUGGUUCGUUGUCUGAACGUUCUAUAUGACGGCGGGACGGUUAAGGGGAUGGCUCUACCAAACUAUAUAAUGAUUCACUCACCCAUCGAUGUCUUGAAGUCUAUCAAAAAUGAUAUCGAAAUAAAGAACGCGCACAAGGCGCAAGUCAAGGAUGCGGUGUGUCUGGUGCAGUAUUUUGCAUGGCUGGAACAACAACUCGUGGGGCGCGAAGCGUUGAUAGAUGAAUAUCGUGCCGCGGAAAAAUUGACUGAGAUCAGAAAAACUCAAAGGAACUUCAUGGGGAAUUCAUUUGAAACGAUAUCGUCUACAGGUAGUAACGCUGCAAUCAUACAUUAUUCGCCCCCUGUGGAAAACUCGUCGAUGAUUGACCCUACCAAGAUAUAUCUUUGUGAUUCCGGUUCACAAUUCCUGGAGGGCACCACAGACAUAACAAGGACCAUUCACUUAACGAAACCGACGAAGGAAGAGAUGGAUAACUACACGCUGGUACUUAAGGGCGGCUUGGCUUUGGAAAGAUUGGUGUUUCCCGAAAACACACCCGGAUUCAAUAUCGACGCCAUCGCCAGGCAGUUUUUAUGGUCGCGCGGGCUAGACUAUAAGCACGGUACAGGUCAUGGUAUAGGAUCGUUCUUGAACGUCCACGAGGGGCCCAUGGGCGUCGGGUUCAGGCCACAGCUGAUGAAUUUCCCCUUAAGAGCGGGCAACAUAAUAAGUAACGAACCCGGGUACUAUAAAGAUGGUGAGUACGGUAUCAGAAUUGAAAGCGACAUGCUGAUUAAGAAAGCCACCCGAAAGGGUAACUUCCUGAAAUUCGAAAACAUAACGGUGGUACCAUUUUGUAAGAAGCUGAUCAACACCAAGCUACUAAACGAAGAAGAAAAAGCACAGAUCAAUGAGUAUCACGCAAGGAUAUGGAGAACCGUGGUGCACUUUUUGCAGCCUCAGAGUAUUUCAUACAAAUGGCUGAAAAGAGAAACGAGUCCAUUGUGA